AUGGCGGACAAGGAGUCUGAAACUUCCGACUUCAAAAGCCCAUUGAGAGAGGAGAACUUGCCUAGGGAUGUUGAGAUAUCAAGACCGGACGCAGAAGAGUGUCCUCCUGGGGAAGAAGAGCUAAUGCCCCUGGAAGAGGAGGAACUUUCUGGAAGUGAAAGUGCUUCUGGGGAUGAGGGAACUGUCUCAGGCCAGGAUGUGACAGAUGAGGACCUUCAGUGCCCCAGGGAAGAGGACGUAGUGCAUCUGCCAGGCAACCCUGGAUGCAAGACUUGCCGAUUCCUCGUAGUGAGAUCAGCUCAUCAAUUUGCCCAAGCUCAGUCAGUUUGCCGGAGGUGCUACCGGGGCACCCUUGCUUCUGUUCACAGUUUCAGCUUUAACUUCCAAAUCCAGUCCUGUGUCAGGGGACUCAACCAGGGUCAAGUCUGGAUUGGAGGCGUGGUCUCGGGCUGGGGUAAUUGCCAACGCUUUCAGUGGGUUGAUGGGAGCUCUUGGAAUUUUGCCUACUGGGCUGCUGGCCAGCCCCUUGGUGGAGGUGGCAGAUGUGUGACCCUGUGUACCCGAGGAGGCCACUGGCGUCGAUCUCACUGUGGUGAAAGACGUCCCUUCGUCUGUUCGUAUUGAGCUGGUCAUAGCCUGGAGUUCAAAUUCAUCUUCCCUUGGAUAGCUGCCUUUCUUUUCCUGCCAGAUUUCUUACCCU